AUGGCAAGGACUCAAAAGAACAAGGCUACAGCUCAUCACUUGGGCUUGCUCAAGGCUAAACUUGCAAAGUUACGAAGGGAACUCCUUGAGCCUACCACAAAGGGUGGUGGUGGUGCUGGUGAAGGUUUUGAUGUCACUAAAAGUGGAGAUGCAAGAGUUGGUCUUGUCGGUUUCCCUUCCGUGGGGAAAUCUACACUUUUAAACAAAUUAACGGGGACAUUUUCUGAGGUUGCUUCAUAUGAAUUUACUACCUUAACCUGUAUCCCAGGUGUGAUCACAUAUAGAGGCGCUAAAAUUCAGUUGUUGGAUCUGCCUGGUAUUAUUGAGGGUGCUAAGGAUGGAAAGGGUAGAGGAAGGCAGGUUAUCAGCACUGCUAGGACAUGUAAUUGUAUCUUAAUUGUUCUUGAUGCAAUAAAGCCAAUAACUCACAAGCGUCUGAUAGAGAAAGAGCUUGAGGGAUUUGGUAUAAGGUUAAACAAGGAACCACCUAAUCUGACGUUCAGGAAGAAGGAUAAGGGAGGUAUUAAUUUUACCUCAACUGUUACCAACACACAUCUUGACUUAGAUACCGUGAAGGCAAUAUGCAGUGAGUACAGAAUUCACAAUGCUGAUAUUACUUUGAGGUAUGAUGCCACCGCUGAUGACCUCAUCGAUGUCAUUGAGGGCAGUAGGAUAUAUAUGCCUUGCAUCUAUGCUGUGAACAAGAUUGAUCAGAUCACCCUUGAAGAACUGGAGAUAUUGGAUAAACUUCCUCACUACUGCCCGGUUAGUGCUCAUUUGGAAUGGAACCUUGAUGGCCUGCUGGAUAAGAUAUGGGAAUAUCUUAAUUUGACUCGCAUAUACACCAAGCCCAAAGGGAUGAAUCCAGACUAUGAAGACCCUGUUAUUCUGUCAUCAAAGAGGAGGAAGGUUGAGGACUUCUGCAACAGAAUCCAUAAAGAUAUGCUUAAACAAUUUAAGUAUGCUCUGGUAUGGGGGUCAAGCGUGAAACACAAGCCCCAGAGAGUUGGCAAGGAACACGAGCUCGAGGAUGAAGAUGUUGUUCAAAUUAUCAAAAAGGUGUGAUUGAGGAAUAUCAAAAUCCAUCUGUAUUCUGCUACAAAUUUCUUCGUGAAACCUUUCUGUAAGAGUUCAGAUCCUGUGAUGAGAUUAGGUAGAGAGACCAAGAGAAAAGCUUGAUGUGUAAGUAAGCCAUUUUGUGGUCAAGCGCUUGCUUGGGUGGUGAUUCACCUCGUUGCCUGGUUAGUAGUAUUUCUAAUGUUGUGUUGUGUAUGAGAUUUGAUGACAUAGAAGAAUUAAGAGAAUUUAGCCCUUGUUCCUCUUUACGCCUUUCGUGAGGCAUCCAUUCAUCUACAUUUAUAAAAUCUGAAUAUCGCAUUGUACAAGUCACUCAGAUGACCUAUUGGUAAGUUAUUGUCAUUUCUCACAUGUGAUAAAACACUCUUAACGACGUUUUUGCAUGAUA